AGUUUUCUGAACAUGGGCUCUUCAGUUAUUCAGUUCCUGUGCCAGAAACUGCUUUCUUUUUUACACGCUCUGUUCAGUUUAAUCUCCACAGUAAUCUUCAGGCUGAAAAAAGAUGGGGAUUCUUUGAAAGGCAAUUUAGAUUAUUCAGAGGUUAUGUCAGGGGAAACCAAUGUGAAAGGAAUAAAUUUUGUUGUAGAAACAGAGCAAUCGGAGAAAGAUAUUGCUGAGUUUACAGGUUUUGAAAAUGACGUUGAGGAAGAGAAAUCAGUGAGUUUUCUGAAUUUCAAGUUUCCAAGUUUUGAAGAAUUUAGUAGAAGCAAGAAACAAACAGGUAAUUUAUUUAAUUCUGAAUUGGUCCCUUUCACGAAUACUGAGUUCAUACCAGGGAGUAGUAGCAGUAGCGCAUUCGUAGAUGAACAGGCAAACUUUAAAGUGAAAGAAAAUACGUGUAAAGACAGAAACCCAGAUUGUUAUGAAAACGAAGAAGAAACUAUUGUUGUUAACGAGUGUUUGCUAGAAAAAACCUCGGAGAAAUUUGAUAAUGUAACAGAUGAUAUUCUUGUGGAUGAAAAAGAAAAUGUAGUUGACGAGAGAAUAAAAUUUUCUGAAGAGGAGGAACAAUUGGUUAAUGAAGAAAACAAUUCUGGAAGCAAUCAUGGAUUUUUGGAUGAAGGCCAGUUCUGUUCAGAGAAAACUGAUUCUGAAUCAUCAAGUUUUGAGCAACUUCGUUCUGUUAUGACUAGCUCAGUCGAUUCAUACAAUGAAGGCUUCCUGUCGGAUGGAGAGUUUGGUUUUGAUGCUUCGAUGGAUACUGAUGGUGAAAAGGAGAGUUUAGAUUCAGAAGGUGAAUUGUCAGAUAUGGAAGAAAAUCAGGAAUUAUCAAAUGAAUUUUAUGACGAAGACAGUGAUGUAAUGGAAGAGCUUAGGCUAUUAGAAGAGGAUACGUUAACCUCAGAUUUUCUGUCUGAAAACGAUUUUAAUGUAGAUUUAGACAAGAAAAAUAAGGGGCAAUCAAUGCACAAAAAUGGCGCUGAUAAUUCCCAGCAUCAGAAGUCAAAAGAUUCAUCAUCGUCGAAUUCUGAGGAUGCAAAUAAAUUAGAGCCAUUGUGGGAACAUCAAGAAUUGAUUGAGCAGUUGAAAAUGGAACUCAAGAAGGUUAGGGGCACUGGGUUGCCUACCAUUUUAGAAGAAUCCGAGUCUCCUAAGAUAAUGGAUGACUUAAAGCCAUGGAAAAUUGAUGAAAGGUUCCAACUUGAAGAUUGCAUCGACGAGCUUCACAAAUUCUACAAGUGCUACAGAGAAAGGAUGCGGAAAUUAGAUAUCUUGAACUAUCAGAAGAUGUAUGCAAUAGGUCAGUCACAUAUUCGAUUGGCCACAAGCAUGUGUGGUUCUUUCGUUUACUACUGCCACACUGCUUUUCGUUCUUUAUCUCGACCAAAUUUCUAGAUAAUGAUGACUUGGUUCUUUUUAUGUGUC